AUGUCUUUCUUGGCAGGUGCCGGUAUCAUGAGUCCCACUAAGUCAAUGGCCUACAGCAUGAAUGGGCACGGGCUAUUCUGUGGAUGCUACACUUUGAGCACUUCAAGAGUUUGUGGAUACUUAAUCUGGGAUCCUCAUCGAUCUACAUCAAGUUCGGAAUUGAACGCCAAAAUUGAGUAUCCAGCGCCGGAUCCAAGACUUGCCAGCACAUCUGCAUGUGUGUUUUCUACUCGGGGAAUUUUGUUGGAUAAUGAAGGUAGGGAAUGCCUUCAAGAGCUCUUGGACUUUAUUGAGAUGGCUAACCUUCUGAUCGACAACUCUUUUGUCACGAGCAGGCCAGAGUGCAGGGCCUUGUAUUGUGCUUUGUUGUUUGAGGUUGGAAAGCCCAGUGUGAUGGCUUGCUCCAACAAAGUUUUGUCUUGGGUGAUUAUAAUGACGCCUGCUCUAGCUCCCUUGUGA